AUGGGCUUCACAUUCUAUUGGGCCUUUGCCCAGGCCACCGGAAUUACGCUAUUCGAUGUGCGCUUUAGGGACGAGCAAAUAAUAUACGAGCUCGGGUUGCAGGAAGCCCUAGCCCAGUAUGCGGGUAACAAUCCAAUACAAGGUGCAGUGGCCUAUCUAGACAGCUUCUUUGGCAUGGAUCGUGCUAUAUUUGGAUUGGUUCCUGGCUAUAACUGUCCAGCGUAUGCCGAGUUCCUAGACAUAAUUAUCUAUAAUACCGAACAAUCCCAACAAAGGCACAAGACUAUAUAUCUGUUCGAGUACACUACCGACUAUCCCCUACAACGCCAUACCACCUCUUUCUACGUGACUGUGUCGCGCAACAACUAUCUCAUGCUACGUACAACAGCUGUGGUUGGCAACUAUGAUUACACAGUGGACUACAUCUUCUACCUGGACGGUAGCACUGAGGUCAAGAUCCGCGCGAGCAGCUACAUUCAAGGGGCAUACUAUAUCCCUGGGGAAAGUGAGAAGUAUGGCCACCGUGUCUAUGAUCAAUUCACCUCCAGUAUGUACGACCAUGUCAUCAACUUCAAGGCCGAUCUAGAUGUGCUAGGCACGAGCAACACACUGAUGAAGGUUGAUGUAGAGCCCUGGACUGAAUCUUUCCUAUGGUCGGAAGGCGAGGCGCUUCCCACCAUGGGUUUGAGACGAACCCCAAUCGAGAUUGAUUAUAGGCUUAACUGGACGGCAAACUCCCAGAGUAUGUAUAUCAUACUGGAUACUGAGUCCACUAAUACUUGGGGCGAGAUGCACUAUCGGAUCAUACCAGGGUCCGGCAUGGGAACCCCGGCACACCUGACAUUCAAUGGAUCGAGAACUCUUGGAAAAGCGGCAUCUUGGGCAAUAGAAGACCUUUAG